AUGCAUGACCUGAUAAAUGACUUGGCCACAAGUGUUGCAGGAGAGUUUUCAUUUAGAUUGGAUAGUGAGGUGGAUGUAUCCAACACUAAUGAAAGUUUGGAUAAGUUUUGUCACUUUUCAGCAUCUCUAAGAUAUGGAUCAUAUAGAAAUAUCAAGGAACUACAAAGAGCUAAACGCUUACGAACUUUGAUUCUAAUGUCAAGUGGAUGGGAAGAAGACGAUCUUUUGGACAAGGUAUUGGCUGAAUUGCUUCCUGAGCUACAAUUCCUGAGGGUGCUGAUUGUCAUGGACUUGAGUUCGGGCCUUUACACAAGUCAAGGUUCUCGAAUAAUCACAAAGGUACCACAAUCUAUUGGUAGUCUCAAGCAUCUACGAUAUCUUGAUUUUUCUUAUACUGGAAUCACAUGUGUACCUGAACAAGUGAGUCACCUUUAUAAUUCUACAGAGCUUGUUGGUUCAUAA